GAAAUAAUUUACAACUGGAUAUUUUAGAUGAUUUGUUCCAAAAUAAAUCUAUAGGGGAGAUAAAUGUAUAUGAAAAGCUAGUAAGAGGGAAAAUUGAAGAUAAAAAAAAGUGAACUUCGGAGACUUGUAGGAGAGCGCUAUCGUGACUUGAUAGAGGCAUCGGAUUCCAUAAUUAGGAUGGAAGAAAUCUCAGUAAAACUAGAAGAAUUGAUGACUACUACCUCGGGACUGUUCACUAACCACCUUGACUUUGUUACAUCUUUGCAAUCAAGUAAGGGGACAGGUCCUAUUAACGCCUUUAAAGUUGAUAGUGAUAUCGAUGGCCAGGAUGAAAUAUCGUUUGUCACCGCCUUAGAAAUGAAAUAUUUAUUAGAUCUUCCGGAUCUUAUCGCCGAAGCACUCGAACAGAAAAAUUUAACCGCAGCGGCGAUAUUGUUUUUAACGGAAACUCCUAUUGCUAAAUUUUUACUUGACGGUUCUCUCUAUAACGAAACUUUACUUAAACGGUUUCCUUUUAUUCCUUUACAAUGCGAUGCUCUCUCAUCAGUUAAAUUGGCUAUCAUCAACAAAGGUACUUCGCUGGUGAAGGGAGAGUCAGGUAGUGUUACAAAAACUUGCGACUUUUUAGUAGCGCUCGCUUUACUACAAGGGACUGGCCCUCGGGAGACCUUUCAAACACUAUUAAGCAACCGUCUUCUAUUUCUACAGGAGGUCGUCCUUAAUAAUUCAAGCUCGUCAGCGUUGGCUCAGUGUUUAAGGUGUAUUGUUAAUACUGUCCUGGAUUCCUUUCUUAUGUUUUUCAAAGGCUUCUACCGCACAAAACUAACAGAGGCAUUGGCUACGCCAAGGAGAGAAGUGCUUCUUCGCCAUUUUCCCGACACUCUUUAUGCGACGCACUAUGAAGAACUUUGUAGUGUGGCCCCGUGGCUUGAUGAAGGAGUUAAUGCUCUAUUAGGCAGCACUCAAAAAGAAAUUCUCAAUGGACGCAUGGGAGACGAAGAGACGCGUCACUUACUAAACACAUGGCUUUCUGAGUGCGUGAAGCUUGCGAAUAAGUUCGUUCCCGAAAUGUUGAAAACUGUUUCUUCCUGUAGUGAAUUAUACCGUAUAAAUAAACGUCUUCAAACGGAAUAUUGGGCUCUUGCAGUUGAAUUUGAACGGUGUGAAAUUGGAAAUUUUUUUUUAGAAUUAAACGACGAAGCAAAGUAUGAUUGGGAUUACAUUUGCAACUGUGUGCUUGGCUCUCAGUUCGAUAUUCUGCUGCGGCUCUUCCGGCCUCAUCUUCUGCACCGUUUAAGUUGUUCAAUUCAUCAAAAGUUUGCAGCGGUGGCUCAAGCAAUUUCAUCAGAAUUGGAGCUUCUCUUUCGUGAGAGUGGGAGUUCCAGUUGGGAUGUUGGAAGCUUCUGUUGCGAAGAUGGGAGUGACCUGGAAGUCGUGCUUCCCUUCGAAAACUCUGCUUCUCCCAGCAACUACAAACUUCGCAACUUCUCUACGCUCACUUUAAAACGGCUUGGCCUUAGCCCACCCCUUCAAAGACUUUUGCUUCUAUUUGACUCUCGCCUUAUGCCUAUUCUGGCUGAUGUUCUCGACAUAUCCGCUGGAGAAGACUAUGCUAACCCUCCGGAGGAGCCAAUUGCAAGCAGCUCGCACAUCGCCAGCCUCGUACGGGAGGCGUGUUUAGAGCUGCUUCGGUCAUUGCAGGAUUUGCUUAUACCAAUAAUAAACGAUGGAAUUCCGGCAGAAACUAACAAAAUGAACCGAGUUAUAUUCAUUGGGCGAGUUUGCCACGAAAUUGCCAGGCACUCAUGUGCUUUGCCCGAAUGUUUUACAACGAAUUUUAAGAUAGAAGAACUACCAGAGGCGCGACGGGAAUUUUUAAGAUACAAACACUUGACCGCCCUCGAGCAGGACUACCACAGCGACUUUAAAGAAGCCGUCGGCAUCCUAACUGAGAGCUUUUUUACCUGUUUAGACACGUGGUCUAGUGCAGUAGUAAACAUGACGCUCAGCACAUUGAACAGUUUAACGAGUUUGUAUUUAUCCGAAAGCUUUACGAGCACUUGGAAAGUUAUUAAAGUUACUGAAGAAGACGAAGAAGGAAGACAAGUGGAGUCUCUUCUUUCAAUGCCUACAGAAUGCACUCCUGUUGUGUACGCUCUCUUUCAAACUAUUUGUAUUCAAGUGAAGAAUAGCUUUGGAUUCGCUUUGGACGAUAUCACCUUGCAAAGACUAAAGACCACUAUUCUUAAGGGCUAUACUUCUCAUUAUUCUAAUUUUCUUAAGAUCAAUAAGAUAAGUGAGAAAAGUGCCAUUCAGAUGUAUGUAGAUUUCUUAUUUGCCAGUGCGACGCUAAAGGAAGAAGCAGCGCUUUCUGAUUCUGACAAAACUCAGCUUGAAAAGACACUUUCUAAGAUUUUGGAUCACGUGGAUCCGUUCGACCUCAAACUAUUACAUGGUCUCCUUGUGAGGACCGUUCACGUUUGCUUACUGAAAACUAGCAAUCUCUUUGGAGUAUUAGGUUUAGCAAACCGCCUGUUGGUUGAAGAGUACUACAGUUGGCCCUUCUUUAUACAUUUAGCUUGUAAAAAUAUUCCCGAAGCGUCAGCCCCAAUAGAAGACGGAGAUGCCGCUGCAUAUAUUGCAGAGCCUAAAACGCUCCUUCCUUCACUGCAUAUUCCUCUUGAACAAAUUGAGGUUUAUAACAAAAGUCUACAGGAAGAGAAACUGGCGCUUCCUCUCACAAGAUCUGAAGACUACACCGUUUUCUCUGUAGAGGAAUGCUUGGGAAGCCCCGAUCCUUGCGGUUUUCAAGAGGACAGCGGUUCGCUUAUGAGAGAGGUUACAAGCGAAGACAGACUCCAAUUCAUAAAUGAAAAAGGAAGAGAAAUGAUGGGAAAAUUUCAGAAUCUUGCUUAUGUGAACCACGAAAAUAUCAAAAAGUUACUAUGGGGUGAAGUAGAGUGAACUUUUUUGUUAUGAAUAAAGACUUACUUCACUCAACUUGUACGUGCAAGCAGAACA